CGGACUGAGUCUCACCUGUCUCUCCUCAGUCUCCUGUCUCACCUCUCUCAUCUGUUUCUCCUCUCUCACCUUUCUCUCUUCUCUCACCUGUCUCUCCUCUCUCACGUGUCCUUCCUCUCUCACCUGUCUCACCUCUAUCUCCUGUCUCUCCUCUCUCAGAUCUCUCUCCUCUCUCACCUGUCUCACCUGACUCACCUUCGAGCCGCUCUGAAACGUAAUGGCGCGGUGCGGAGGCAGCGGGGAGUAAGCGGGGACAGUCUGACCUGAGCUCAGCCGCUGUGAGGGGACAUGGAGCCCGUGUACCGGGGUCUGGGUCGCUGUGUGUGCUGUUUCUGGCUCGCGGUAGCCUUUGACAUAUUGGGACUGGCCGUGCUUCUCAUCGGGGUGUUUGUCAACGUGUUCUUCUACGACCUGCUCAUCUAUGCGGGCGCCAUCAUCAUCUUCCUCAGCCUCAUCUGGUGGGUCUUCUGGUACUCGGGGAACAUCGAGGUCCCCCCGGCGGAGCUGGAAGAUGAUGUCGGGCUCCUGAAGAAGGAGCGGGGCCGUCUCAGCGGCCUCGGCGGGGCGGUGAGGCGCAUCUCCAGCCGCGUGUCCAGCGGCAUCCGGAGCUCGUUCCGCUCGAGCCGGAGAGAGUCCGAUGGCCGUGCGCGCCCCCAGAGUUCGGUGGCCCCACGUCAGGAGCAGGUGACCAUUGCUAUGGCAACGAGGAGCCCCCAGGAGAACAGCUCUCGCGCCGCCGUCUCCUCUGUGGGGGGCGGUGACGUAGAGAUGCCGAACACCUCUACCGAGACUUCAGCUACAUGACGGGGGCCCACAGAGAAUGACUCAUCAUUAGUUCCUUCCAGCACUGGACGGAGGAGAGGCUGCCCUGCAUUGCAUGAAGCUGUUGACAUUCAACUCUUUUACUGUUGUGUGUUUAAUGAAAAAUUACUCCUCAGUGAUCCGAAUAUCUAAAGGAAUUGUUAGCUGUUGUUGAGUUGAAGAGGACACAUAAGACAUUACUACAGAUAUGAACUGAAACUUAAUGAAUUUAUACAGUAAAAGUCUAGUCACAGAUAUUAUUCAUAAUUUUUGUAACAGUUUUGAUUAAAGCAUGUGAUUGAAUUGUCUUAUUAUGAUGUUGUAUCCAGUAUGUGUUCUCACGUCUGUUUUGUUAACACACUUCCUGAUCAAAUGAAGCCCAACUAACUAACAAUACAUCACUGUAGCAUGAGUUAAUAACAUCCUAUUUGUUAUUGAAGGAUAAUUCUUGACUGCAGUCUUCUGUUGACUGUGUUAUUUUUGAUAAAUUUGAACUGGCCCAACCUAAUGUAGACUGGCAUGUUUAACUUAUUCAACCUUGACUGAAUGUUUACUUAGAUUCUGCUUCCAACUAUGACAACAUGUCAAAGAGGUUGUUAUUGUGGCAUAAUUUUCUUGAGAUAAUCUAAAGUGGAGCGUAACUAUGUGUUUUUUCUUCUUUGUCAUCUUGAAACUCCUCUGUUUGUGCAGUGUGUUUCUGUAUUUGGUUGUGUUGUGUGCAUUUGUAGCUUUGAUAACAGUGAUCAUUUUUUUACUCGCUU